UGGUGUAGGUAAUCAGUAUAUCUCACUUAGGUAAACUUCAAGUUAGUGAUCAUACUCUUGAGAAUCCUACAUCAACAAGUGGACUAGUCUAUCAAUUGAACUAGCAAUAAUUAAUAUAAAACAGAAACAUAUCCAGAAUGACAUAUAAUUAGACAACAUGAGUAACCCGGAAGACGUUCCUUUGCCACGAGAGAAUGAGGCAUCUAAAGAUGGUAAAAGGGAAAAAGAGCUUCUUGCAAUCCGUCUACAACGAGCAAUUCGAGAGAAAAAAGUUUCAGAAGCAAAGAACCUUCUCUCGGAGAAACCUGAUAUACACUAUAAAGACAAGGUGGGAUCCCAAUGUUUACACUAUGCAACACAGGAAGGUUUACUGGACAUUGUGAAAUUGCUGUUAGAAGAGGGCGCUCAUGUAAAUUGCUUUGAUCACAAUGGACGAUCGCCUCUACAUAACGCGGCCUCAAGAGGUCAUCUGGAUGUGGUCAUCUACCUGGUGGCGAACGGUGCUCAAGUGGCAUCCUUAGACUGGGAUAACCACACUCCGUUUGAAAAAGCAGUGAUUUCACGCUGUGUGGACGUUGUGGACGUUUUACUGACGUUUGGGGCAGAACCAAACCUACAGGACUGGACUUGGGUGAUGGAUAUGAAAGAAAAAGAAAAAAAGAUCCUAGAGAUAAUAACCAGUCACAAUCCUCUAGUACCUGGAUAUAGAUAUGAGGGGAUAAAAUUCGCUGUGGUUCAAGUGAAAUCUAACGAAGACUGUCCAUUGACGAUGCUAAAUUUGACAGUGAAAGCCAUUGAUGUCCGAAAUCCGUUCAUUCUCUUUUGUCGAAAAAUGCAAUCGGAGUUUACAGAGCUAAAAUCACUUCUUAGAGAGGAGGAGAUACCUUACAGUGAUAUGUUUGAAAUUCGAACUUGGGGAGUAACUAGGAAAACUCUCACACUGUCGUUGAUAGUCGAAGGAGUACCUAAAUGUAACGAACAUUUGAAGAUUGUAUCACCUCUUGGACACAUCGGGAGAGUUGACAACUUUGUGAAGAACGACGACGAAAAUACAACAGAAGUCUUGCUAACGAUAAAAAUGAAUACGAAAGGUUCUACUCAAUUCGCCAUCGCAAGUGUCUUCAAAAAGGAAACGUUUGCAAUAUCUAAAGAGGAAGUGAAGAUCCAACCGACGUCAGAACCGGAUGCUGAAAUAGACAUUCCUAAGGGAACAUUCGAAACAGCGGGAGAGCUUCAACUGAACGUAAUGGACACCAAAGAUGUAAACGAGGAUGAGGAGGACGAAUCCGGACCUCUUUUGAUGACAAAUGUGAUUGACAUGUCGAUGAGCGAUGGACAACAGCCAAAAGAAGAGAUCGUGAUGAAGCUACCAAUUCACAAUAAAGGGGAUGAUGAGGACGGCGAGGUGUGCAUGCUAGCUACUUCAGAGGAAGAUCCAGAGGACCCAGAAGACUGGGAGAUUAUACAUGCGGAAAAAGAUUCCAAAGGAAAAGCUGCUGUAUUCAAGAUAAAGCACUUCUCCAUUUAUGCUGGAGCCAACAAGAAAAAGGUAGAGGAGGACAAACUCGCAGUGAUUGAGGCCAUAACGCGGUCAAUCAAGAAAGAGAGAAAGGUGGAAUUCCGAGUGUUUACAAGACUUGCGCAAGAGCGCGGAAAAUUUCAACUUAUCUUGGAAUGCUGGACCCCUAAGAAAUUGCGAAAGAGCAAACCAAAAUGGGAAAAUGAAGGCUGUGAAACGGUAGAUGGUCCACAGGGGAUUUUCGUCAUUGAUGAAAACCAAACAUUCAGGUUGUCAUUCAAAGGGAAUUGCAAGAAGAUAUCUAGUGAGACGAACGGCAAUGAUGAUGAAGCAGAGGUGGACGCGAUGAAUGGUGACAACAACGAUGACAGAGAUGAUAGCGACAAUGAUUCAAUUGUGAUGGACUUUGUGGGUAAAAAGGGUCACACGUUCACCGUCGUUGACAUGGUUGUCUUGAAUACUGACAAACCCCAGGGAAAAGUCACAAUUGAGAAGGAGAACUAUACAACAGUCCAAAUAGAACAAAAAGUGGCCGACACAGGGUCUUUCUGUACAGGGAAAGGAAAGACAAUCGUCGUAGAUAAAGUGAAAAUUGAGUUCGAGAAGCUGACUGAGUUCCUCUUCGGCGUCAAGCUUCCUCCACCACCAAAACCAUUGAGAGAACCCACUGAUAUUCAACUACAAAGUCUUAAGGAGGAGAAGAAAUUAGGAGAAUUCAUCGACAAAACAGAAUCAGAAAAUCCAAGCUUUGUGCCAGGAAUGGAUAUGAAAAAUCUCGCAAACAUUGCACGUCAGCUAGAUGAUGAGGAAGCACGAAUUUUUGGAAAGAACUUAGGUCUACCGAACGGAGACAUUGAAAAGUACAUGAGUAUGGCAUUUGGCGCUGUGUGGAUGCUCAGGCAAUACCGAGGUAAACGCCCACAUUUCGCCCAGAGAUACAACAUCAAAAGAGCGCUAGAGGCCAUUGAUCGUCACGAUAUCGUACAUUUGAUUAUUCCGCAAGAGGAUGGACAGAAUAUUACAAUGACACCCAAGGCUGUGGAAACGAAUGAGAGAUUUGAUAUCCCUGACAAUGCAAAGGACUACGACGCCACUGAACAUGAAAAAUAUCCUUCUGGAACACCGGUCAUGGACACAAGUGACGUAAAUUCCAAUGUUGAGGAUGUGAUUGCCAACGAUGAGGAAUAGACAAAUAUCUAUAAGAUAGAAUUCUACAACGCUAAUCUUUUACAAAAUGACAGUUUGAAUAACAAGGAGUUUGGGUAUUCGUUUUAUAUUUCAGUAUAUCCAUGCGAUAUAAAAACCUUUCAUUUGCCCAUCUAAUCUUUCAUUAACACCUAUUAUUUCUAAAUAUAUUCAUAUUGACGUGGAAAUAGUAUCUCUCUGCUAGUAGGGGUUUACAUGUAUAUUCACGGCUACAUUGCGAAUGAUGUGUGUAGGUGUGAUAUGUAAAUCCCGGUGAUAUGAUACUUUUCGCACAAGAUAUGGUGUUGUACAUGUACUUUAUGAGUUUAUUUAGUGUUGGAUCUCUUUUUUCUUUUUCUUCUUCUUUUUGCUUACAGAGCGAAUGGAUAAAGGUAAUGUAGUGCUUGUUUCUUGCACUGCAGGUGUGUUCAAAUUUGUCAUAUUUUGCCAUCAUUAGACUAAUUGCGCUACAAUGUAUUUGCCGUAUUUUCCAGCACAUUAUAUUCCAGCAUAUAUGUUUGCAUUUCAAUGCAGAGUUGAGGUUGGUGUUUUGAAAAUUCCUUUAUUCAAAUAAAAGAAAGUAAAACAUUU